AUGUACUUCAUUCUCCUCAAUCUCCUCGCGAUCAGGUAUUCCGGGGCCGAUGACAAGUCGAAUGGGCACUUGAUUCGUCUUACAGUCUGUCGAAAAUGUGGCAAUUUCUGCGAUAAAUACGUGGAGCAUGACUUUGUCGUGCUCUUCAUUGAUCUAGUUCUCAUCAAACCUCAGGUAUAUCGCCAUCUACUACACAAUACUCUAAUGCGAGAUGGCGAUCGCUUCGACCAGCCUUCUAUCAUUCGCCUAGGAGUUCUACUGCUCCUAUUCGAUGUCUACUUGACAUGGGCGCGUAUAGAGAAACAAACCAUCCCUUCGCCAACUCCUGGAGAGAGUAAAUUAGGGCCACUCGCUGAACAGCCGAUUGUGAUUCAGUACAUGUUCUUUCUGAUCCUCUGUGCUUUGUCGACUUUCGCUUUCCAUCUAAGCAUUCGCUUCCUCACUUCAUCCGUCUUCUCGCCGCUUAACAUGACGAAGCUAAUGCCACGAUAUUCUCGACCGAAUUCGGUUUCAACAGCCUUACUCGUUUCUUCCUCGACCAAAUUGUUUCCAAUCUUAAUGGUCAUCUGGGAAUACGACGUGCCCGCUGCUGCCAGAUCCCUUGGCUGGGCUGUCGUGGCAAAUAACGUUGAAGCUCUCCGCAUUCUCCUUGAUUGCAAAUACUAUGUUGCCUGCUUCUUAGCGAUUGCCGGCGCAUCUGUACGAUGGGCUGUGGGCCAAUUAAUACUAAUCUCGGCUGGACUUGGUGAUGUAGAUUCCAUCGGUGAUAGCAGCGUGGCUGCAGAUGGCAAAGCUCUUUGGGCCCUUGUAAAGUACGUCAGGGACUGGGCCGGGCGUUUAGUCGUAGGAUAG